UUCCUUUCCUUGCUUUUUUCCUUGCUUCAUCUUUUUCCUCUUCCAUCCUCCCAACUUUCUUCCUUCCACGGAGAGUGACGUUAAGACAACAUCGUACUUUCACUCACAGGCACAGAAACUCUACAUCACCAAACAAUGCAAGUCGUUUCUGCCACCACAACCAUCACCUCAACCCCUGUAGAUUUGCGGGCCGAUAUCAGAACCCUAAUCCACCAAGCUCUUGACCUGAGGAGUAUGAUUGCUUGCAGCCAGGUUUCAAAAGCAUGGAGUACUGAGUUCACUCCUAGGAUAUGGAACACAAUUGACCUCGAUAAUCAGCCUCGAUUUUCAGAACUACCGUCAAACAUCAUUGCUAAGAAUGGACAAUACAUUCGUAUUGUCAGAACCAUCCGAAAACGGUCAGAAUUUGAACUCUUUAGGGAUCCCAGCAUUCAAAAUAUUGAACAACUCGUUAUCCGAAUCAAACCCAAGCGUAACUGUCAGCGGCAGGCGUUUCAACUCAUCCAAAGGAACUUGCGUUCCUUAUUUAGACUGGACAUCAGGAUGGGCCAAUCCGUUACAUCGCAUCCAGACUUUGCACUAGAGGAUAUAUUUGUCUCACCUGACCCAGAUUGUAUGCCAAAGCUCACUGAACUUCGAAUUCAAUAUCUUUCGAUGACCCGAAAAGCGCUUUCGACUUUGCUCUCACGAUGUCCAAAUCUGACAGACAUUGACAUUCGAUCAUGCACUUUUCAUGGUGAUGGAGUCGGUCGAGAGGAACUAUAUCAGCAUAAAGGCGUCACCUACCUCUUUGCCUCUUACCAACGGGUUUUCAGUCCAGAUCCUGGUUCGUCGUCAGAUAGCGAUAAUGCAGUUGUUCCACUACUCGCUCAUUUCCCGAAUCUGCAAUACUGGGACUUGUGGAUGCCUGACAUCCGACUGGAGGAUUCCGCAGCCGAAUCCAUCAAAAAUACUCUCAAAAAAUACAACUCAAGCGUCAAGGAGCUAUCCACAAUGCAGGCCGCUGGUUCUAUGGUGCAUGAUUUACUCGCUAAAGCAUUUAAGAGCAUCGAGUUUAUUUGCCUUAGUUACGAAAAACUAUCGGCUUCCGGAAUCUUGGGUCUUCUCUUGCACAAAAGUACAUUGACGAUUGUUCGAGCCAACAAUCCUGAUAUUAGAGACUGGAGUUACUAUGCGGAUCAGGUGAUUCCCGUGCGAGACACAUUUGCAGAUGCAUGGAUGAUUCACUUGAUCUUCUCAAGAUGCGCUCUUUUGACCUUUGUAGAUCUUCCAGGGCAUGAGAUGGAUAUGGACAUGAUUGAUUCUUUUCCAUGGGCAUGUAACGACCUGGUCCAACUCCGUAUUCGAAUCAAGGGACUUGAUACUAAAGAACUCAUCAUGGCAACGAUCCGCAAGUGGUCUCGAGGGGCUUAUACCAGACGGAGACAAAGACGGAAUGAAGAACAGAGACAAGCUACUAGUAAAAAAAUCGAUGCUAAACCAACUAAGGAUUCAGACGGCGCUGCUGAAGUUUUUGAGACUGUACAAGUGUUUUUGACGGAUGGAGACAAUGGAAAGGAUAAAGAUAAUAAUAUAGUAAACGGAUUUAACAACGAAACUGAGGCAGUCAAUCCCAUCGUGGACAGAGUAGCAACACAUCUAUUGAAGUUUGAAAAGCUCAACAAAGUCUGGCUAGGAUAUAAGAUUUGGGAGUUGUAGUAACACC